GACCACCUUAGUCUCACGCGGCGCAGUGGUAUACUCACAGGACCCUUCUGUCCCGCCAAACGCAAUCACUCGUUCCCUCUCGCAUGGCUUACCCCAGCUGCUCUCAAAUCCCUCUAAUAACUUCCACCUCCUUCCCCAAGAAUUCCGCGCUAUCAGGCGCAACCCAAGUUCCCUCAAAAGGGUUUUACCCAUAUAGGGUUUCGAUCCAUCCGCCUGCGAAUUCCAGAGCUCCCCAAACACCCAUUGCCGCUGCAAUGCAAGAAGACAAGGGCUUGAUUGUGGAAACCUCGGAUGGUAAAUCUAAGUUGAGAAUCCCACAUGUUCUGAGCGUUGCUGGGUCUGAUUCCGGAGCGGGGGCCGGAAUUCAAGCCGAUCUCAAGGCGUGCGCCGCCCGCGGAGUGUACUGUUCCACAGUGAUCACUGCCGUUACCGCGCAGAACACCGUUGGAGUUCAGGGUGUGAACAUUGUGCCAGAAGAUUUUGUUGCUGAGCAAUUAAAAUCUGUACUGUCCGACAUGCACGUAGAUGUUGUAAAAACAGGCAUGCUUCCCUCCCUCGGCAUAGUCAAGGUUUUUCAUCACAGUCUUAAGCAGUUCCCAGUUCGAGCUUUGGUAGUUGACCCUGUCAUGGUAUCUACAAGUGGCGAUGUACUAGCUGGUCCUUCGAUUCUGGCUGGAUUUCGGGAGGAUCUUCUGCCCAUGGCUGACAUUGUUACCCCAAAUUUAAAAGAAGCAGCUGCUUUACUUGGUGGUGUUCAGUUGGCAACAGUUGACAACAUGCGUUCUGCUGCAAAAGCUAUUCAUGAUAUGGGUCCGCGAAAUGUACUCAUCAAAGGAGGUGACCUUGCUGCUUCAUUUGAUGCUGUUGAUAUUUUCUUUGAUGGAGAGAAUUUCUAUGAGUUGUGUUCACCACGGAUAACCACGCGGAAUACUCAUGGAACUGGCUGUACUUUGGCUUCAUGUAUAGCAGCUGAGCUUGCAAAAGGUUCCUCAAUGCUAUCUGCUGUUAGGGUAGCCAAACGCUAUGUUGAAACUGUCUUGGAUUACAGCAAGGACAUUGCCAUUGGAAAUGGACUUCAGGGUCCUUUUGACCAUCUGCUCAAGCUUAAGAGUGAUGUCCGCAACUCAUGUAGACCAAGGCCUUUUGACCCAGAUGAUCUUUUCUUGUAUGCUGUCACUGAUUCAGGGAUGAACAAAAAGUGGGGUCGUUCGAUUAGGGAUGCUGUCAAAGCUGCUAUAGAAGGAGGUGCCACCAUUAUCCAGCUGAGGGAAAAGGAUGCUGAAACGCGUGAUUUUCUCGAAUCAGCCAGAGCGUGCGUCGAAAUUUGCAGGUUCCAUGGCAUCCCUCUCCUGAUAAACGACAGGAUUGACAUCGCCCUAGCUUGCAACGCUGAUGGCGUGCACGUUGGCCAGUCCGACAUGCCUCCAAAAGUUGCUCGCGCUCUUCUUGGGCCCGAAAAGAUCAUCGGCUUAUCAUGCAAGACACCGGAACAAGCUCAUCUAGCAUGGAUCGACGGUGCUGAUUACAUCGGUUGCGGCGGCGUGUUUCCGACCAAUACAAAAGAGAACAACAUUACUGUUGGGUUAGGAGGGUUAAAAGACGUAUGCGUGUCUUCCAGGUUACCGGUGGUUGCAAUAGGCGGCAUUGGAGCUUCUAAUGCACGGUCUGUGAUGGAAAUUGGCGUACCGACUCUGAAAGGUGUCGCGGUUGUUUCUGCUCUUUUUGAUAGGGAAUCGGUUUUGGUCGAGACGCGUAAACUGCAUGCACUGCUGAAGGAGACAGCCUUAUCUAUGAAAUGAUAAAAAUGCUUGAGAUAAGAACUCAGAUCAUGCAUGAUUUCAAACAAUUUGUACGAAUUGUUACUAGGUCUGGGAGAGUUGAUUUUCUCAAAAAAAAAAAUUAAGUAGAAUAAUAUUUGAGGGAUUACCGUUUUGGGUUUUCAAUUACGUUGUACAAUUGUUAGGAUUACUGUUUGGAAAUAGACUUCAACCAGGGGAACCAAUUCAGAAACGUUUAUGAGGCGUUUCUUAAGGAACUCUGAGUGGAAUUUAA